AAUUAUUUUCUUACUUUCGAUUUGACCUCUGCCUUCUACAGUUGACUAUAACAUCUAGUUAUAGUUUACACAGCCUUUUAGGACCUAACAUCUAUAAACAUAUAUAUAUACACACAUAUUGAGAACAGAGUGACCUACUUAGAUUUAGUCCAUGGCUCUGUUGGAUUCAUUGAAGAACAUGCUUUACACACUGAUAAUCAUCUGUGUGUUUAACCUUGUGUCAUGGACAACACCUGGAAAUGUCCUUGAACCAUUGUACAAAGCAAAAGGUGAUGAUGUUGAACUGAAACCACACGAUUCGGCUCCUAACAUCAACAACAUAAUGUGGAUUCAUGGAACCAACAUUGCUGCAGAGUGGUUUGGAAGUGAGACGGUCUGUUUACUUCAAUUCAAAGGUCGCUGUAUGCUGAAUGUUUCGACUGGAGCGCUGACGAUCACAAAUCUUAAUGAGAAUGAUACCGGCAUCUACUCUGUUGAGAUCAACUCACAACAAAUCAACACUCGGACUGAACUGCUUGUCAUCUCUCCUGUCUCUAAACCCUUCAUCUCCAAGCAGUGUAACACUGAGAUGACCAACUGUAAUCUGACCUGUGAAGGCGACACUGCUGUUGCUGAACCCAUCACCUAUAAGUGGUUUAAAGAUGGUGUGGAAGGACCUUCACACAAGGUGUUUGAUGUAACAGAGGAGAAUGAGGGGAAAUAUUUCAGCUGCAUGUUGCUCAAUCCAGUCAGCAAUCAGAGCAGUGAAAGCUUCCAAAAUCCCAUCAUCACAAACCAUGAAGCAAUCCAAUUGAUAGUCAUCAUCCAUAGACUGGUCCUGAUUCUCAUAGUCUUAAUUCUUGGUUUAAUCAUAUUUUUAAUCUACAAAAGGAAAAGAGGCCGUGCAUCUAAUGUGAAUCGUGGAAGAACCAAGGAAGGGGCACCAGCAGAGACAGUGCGGUUUCUAAAAGGCACAGCUGUCCAGCAACAACCAAACAAUGUCACACAGUCCACUCCCAAGACACAUCCAACCUGGUUUUAACAUCUGCUGUGACUUCUCAUUAUGUCAUGGACUCUUUUUUGGACUGAAGCGUUCAGUCUUGCACCGUGGUGAAAUGAUGCGCUGACUGAACGAGCUCCCCAUCAGCCACAGCUCAUCAUGGAGAGGGUGAGAGGGGUUGUCCAGGAUGGCUCGCAGUUAGUCCAUCAACCUCCUCUCAGCCACUGACUCCAGACUGUCCAGUUCUAGGCCAACCACAGAGCGGGCCUUCUUUACCAGCUUGUUGAGCUUGCUGGCCUCACCCGUCUUGAUGCCUCCACCCCAGCACGCCACAGCAAAGAGAAGAGCACUGGCCACCACAGACUGAUAGAAUGUCUUCAGAAGCCUUCUGCAGGACUGGGGCUGGGGGCCUCCUGUUCCUCCGGUAGUUCACUACCAGCUCCUUAGUCUUACUGAUGUUGAGCUUCAGUUGAUUGCUGUCG